GUAGUAGAACGUUCAUAAUUUGUGUGCGGAAAUGAUUAGGUUGCAGAGAGGUCAGAGGGUAAAGGCUAUUCACCCAGGACUCUCGAUUGUAGAAUACACAGCCAUCUUGGAUCUGCGAGGAGAAGAGAAAUUAAUGCGGUGACAAACGGAAUGUUCAGUGCUACGAGAAAGAAGUUUGUAGAGGGGGUCGAAAGCGACUACCCUGAUGAGGGCAUGUACUACAGCCAGCCGUUGCCGUUCUCACAUAGGUCGGACAAAGACUUAAGCGCUCUGUCUGCUCGAUCACACGUCCCUAGUACAGCUCCCUUUGAACUUGAAAUGCUCUCGUCUCCCUCACCGUCGUCAUCAGGUCAACUGUCCCAGCUUGGUGCCAGUUUAUAUGGCCCACAGAGUGCACUAGGCUUCUCGAUAAGGGGCAUGGGAAACAACACUCAGUUAAACCGCAGCUUAACGCAAGGCACCCAGCUACCGAGCCAUAUCACCCCCACCACGGGGGUGCCCACCAUGUCCCUCCAUACCCCGCCCUCGCCAAGCAGGGGGAUCCUGCCGAUGAACUCGAGGAACAUGCUGAACCACUCCCAGGUGGGCCAGGGUAUCGGGAUGGUCAGCAGCAGGACCAACAGCAUGGGCAGCUCAGGGCUGGGCAGCCCCAUCCGCAGCUCCCCCAGCAUCAUCUGUAUGCCCAAACAGCAGCCUGCACGGCAGCCCUUCACCAUCAACAGCAUGUCAGGAUUCGGGAUGAACCGAAACCAGGCGUUUGGGAUGAACAACUCGUUAUCAAGCAACAUCUUCAAUGGCACAGACGGUAGUGAAAACGUGACGGGGCUAGACCUGUCCGACUUCCCUGCGUUAGCAGACAGGAGUCGGAGGGAAGGAAGUGGAAACCCAACGCCGCUACUCAACCCACUAGCUGGAAGGGCCCCCUAUGCCUCUUCUCUUCAUCUCAUGACCUCAUCAGUUGGCAUGGUGACGAAGCCAUCGAACGAGCCGACGCAGGAUUUCUCCAUCCACAACGAGGACUUCCCUGCACUGCCUGGUCCCAACUACAAGGACCCCACGUUGAGCAAUGACGACAGCAAGACAAACCUAAACUCUACAGGCAAGAGCACGUCCAUUGCAGAUGGGCCUAUGUUCCCCGGAGACAAGACGACCUCAGCACAGAACAACAACCAGAAGAAAGGGAUCCAGGUGUUACCUGACGGUGAGCCUUCUCAACCAAUCACACCUCUCCGUCUCGACCUGGGACGGGUGACGAACAUUCCCAGGGGAAUGGUGACGGACCAGUUUGGAAUGAUCGGCUUGCUGACAUUUAUUCGAGCGGCGGAGACGGACCCAGGCAUGGUGCACCUGGCGCUGGGGAGUGACCUCACAACACUGGGACUCAACCUCAACUCUCCAGAAAACCUGUACCCCAAGUUUGCUUCCCCCUGGGCAUCAGCACCGUGUCGACCUCAAGACAUUGACUUCCACGUCCCGUCUGAGUACUUAACCAACAUUCACAUACGGGACAAGCUGGCAGCUAUUAAACUGGCUCGUUACGGCGAAGACCUGUUGUUCUAUCUGUACUACAUGAACGGAGGAGACCUGCUACAGCUCCUGGCAGCAGUAGAGCUCUUCAAUCGGGACUGGCGGUACCACAAGGAGGAGCGGGUGUGGAUCACGCGGGCGCCGGGUAUGGAGCCCACACUAAAGACCAACACCUACGAGAGGGGAACCUACUACUUCUUUGAUUGUCUUAACUGGAGGAAGGUAGCCAAGGUAAAGGAGUUCCACCUGGAGUACGACAAGCUAGAAGAGAGGCCCCACGUCCCGUCUACCUUCAACUACAACCCAGCCCAGCAGGCCUUCUGAGGCCCAGUACAGUAUAGUCCCAGGGUUACUGCUGUCCCUGCACCCCUCCCUCCCAGCCUGAGGAGGGUGCUGUGGCCCAGGCAUCCAUCCUGGUUUUUAUUCCUUGAGGAUCUGGUUAAAAUGACUGCAGAGGAGGUCCUCACCACCGCAUAAGGGUGGGGAAAACUGAGCCCUGCCUUUCCCAAAUGAUGUGCUGCCCAAACACCUACACUUGUUCUGUUUUUAUUCCUUUAAUGUCCUUGUUUUUUGAGGUGGGAGUUGAGCAGGGUCUGUGUUUUGUUUACCUCUGAAUCAGAAGACUSACUAUAMCGGCACACUUUACAGUGACAAAACAAGGGUUAUGACACAUUUUCAUCAACAAAAAAGUGACAACGGUGGGGAAGGCUAAACCAACAAGUACCAUCCCACACGUGAGAACGAAAGGGGCCGGAAGAAAUGCAAUGUUCGUUGCUGCACUAUUUAGUAAUAAAAGAACACAAAGAUUGUUUGUGCUUUUUUAUGUGAAAACACUCCCUCGUAUUUUGUUUUGGAAAGAUCAGCAGCCUGUCUACACCUCUCUCUCUCUACUUCUCCUCUCUUUCCAUCUCUCCUCUUGUACAUUCCCUCUUUUCUCCUCAACCGGCCCCACAUCUUUCUUUCCUUUUGACGGGUAUUUUCUGUCUGGCUUCAAAAUAGACACAGAUCGGAUACUUUUUGUGAAUGUUCUCACAACCUGUGGACAACCCGUACAAGGGUUGUUAGAAUACCUACCCAGCUUCAUUGUUCCAGAGCAAGCAAAACACUUUCCAGUCUUUGUUACGAUUUUGUAAUAAACGUGUAAAAAAAAA